AUGAACUCUCAUAGCCUCUUGGCUUCUGCAACCAUAAACAUAGGCGUAGCAUUCAUAAUUCUGUCACUCUUCUCUAUCCUCAAGAAACAGCCUUCCAAUGCUUCAAUCUACUACGCUCACCGUCUCUAUCACCGUCACUACGUCCCUUUUGAUUCUCCCUCCUCCUUCCACCGUUUCCUUCCUUCCAUCUCUUGGAUUUCUCGCGCUUUCUAUGUCACUGAAGAUGAGAUUAUCGAAGCUCAUGGCCUUGACGCUCUUGUCAUCAUUAGGCUCUUCAAAUUUGGCAUUAAGUUUUUUGCGGUGUGUUCUCUUGUUGGGUUGGUGGUACUUGUCCCGAUUAAUUAUGGUGCCCUGGAGGUUCGGAAUAGGAGCUACCCUACAAUGGAUUCUUUCACAAUAUCUAAUGUUGGUAGAGGUUCUAAAAGGUGAUAUUGUUUUGGCUCUGCUGAAUGGAGUUACUCGCUUUGGGUGCAUUUUGCAUGCUUGUAUUUUAUAUCUUUCUAUGGGAUGUACCUACUGUAUAAGGAAUAUCAUGAAAUUUUGAUCCGAAGGAUUCAGCAACUUCAAAAUUUAAAGCAUAGACCUGAUCAAUUUACUAUUGUAGCUCGUGAAAUUCCAUUAUGCAUUGAACACAAGGCUCACGACUGUUGUGUUGAUCAUUUCUUCUCUAAACACUAUCCAAACAAUUAUUAUUCAUAUCAAAUGGUGUAUGACAUUGCAGAUCUUGAAGAGUCGGUGAACCAGGCAAAGUCUCUUGCAAGAAAAAUAGAGGACUUGAGAGAGACUUCCGUGGCCAAGAAACCCAAGAAUAAGUUGCUACUCUUGGAUUUAUUACAACAAAAGACUUCAGAAGUAGCUUUGCUUGAGGAAAAGCUUCAAGCACUUUGUCACAAGAUUCACCUGUUACAACGCAAAGACACGCUCAAGAAAAAGGAGUUGCCUGUUGCUUUUGUAACAUUCAAGUCUCGCUGCGGUGCCACAGUAGCAGCUCAGUUGCAACAGCAUUCACAUCCGCUUCUUUGGAUCACUGAACGGGCCCCAGAACCAAGGGAUGUUUCAUGGAGGAAUAUGAGAGUGUCCUACAGAGUAGUGCCACUUUAUAGACUUGGUGUUCUCAUUGCAGCAUCGCUACUUACAGUUUUCUUUGCCAUACCUGUUACUGCUGUUCAAGGAAUAGCCAAAUACGAGAAACUGAAGAAAUGGUUUCCUCCAGCCAUGGCUGUGCAGUUGAUACCAGGAUUGAGCUCUAUAGUGACAGGAUAUCUUCCAAGUGUUAUACUCAAAGGAUUUAUAUACGUUGUGCCAUUUGCAAUGUUUGCUAUGGCUAAAGUAGCUGGAUGUAUUGCAAGAAGUAAGGAGGAGAUCAAAGCCUGCAACAUGGUUUUCUACUUUCUGGUUGGAAAUGUGUUCUUCGUCAGUGUGUUAUCAGGAUCCCUUCUUGAUGAAAUUGGACAAUUUAUUAGUCAACCUAAAAAUAUUCCUAGUCAUCUUGCCAGGGCCAUCUCCGCCCAAGCACAUUUCUUUGUGACAUACAUAUUGGCAGAUGGUCUUUCAGGGUUUUCUUUGGAAGUUCUCCAACCUGGCUUACUAAUUUGGGAUAUUUUGAAGUCUUGUACCUGUGGCUUUCAACGAGAGAGAAGUCCUUAUCUUUAUUCAUUACCUUACUUUAGAAUUAUCCCCUUAGUCUCUCUCUCAGUACUCAUUGGCAUAGUGUAUGCAGUAGUUGCACCAUUGUUGCUCCCAUUUCUCAUUGUUUACUUCUGUUUAGGCUUUGUUGUCUAUAUCAACCAGAUUCAAGAUGUGUAUGAAACUACUUACGAAACAUGUGGACAAUAUUGGCCAUACAUUCAUCACUACAUUCUCCUUGCAAUCAUUCUGAUGCAGAUUACUAUGAUUGGUCUAUUUGGACUGAAGUUAAAACCAGCUGCUGCUAUAUCAACCAUUCCAUUACUUUUGUUCACAUUGAUGUUCAAUGAGUACUGCAAGAUGCGUUUUCUCCCUUCCUUUCACCAUUAUUCUCUCAAGGAUGCUGCUGAAAAUGAUGAAGUUGAUGAAAAGAGUGGUGUAUUGGAGUUCAACUACGAGAAUGCAAUCAAUGCCUAUUGUCCACCAGGUUUACGACCACUGAAUUUCUUGGCAUCAGAGUCCAGUUCCACACCAUUAGUUUCUUCAUGAUCUUCCAUUUUGCAUUUAUAUUUCAUUGAUUCAAGGAAU